AUGUAUUUCAUACUUAUAUUUCUCACUUAUUUCUCCUCCUUUACCGCAGCCGUCCCUUCAGACUGUCUCAAUGGCAUCGAGGAAGCACUUUCGACGUUCGUCUUUGCUGAAGCGGUAACCCCCUUCCAAAGCCUAUGCCAAAACAACCUGAGUUUGUUUUCUAUGUGGGCAGCAGCUAAAGUUUAUUGCAUCACCGAGGAACAGAUAUCUGCUGGGGAAGAGUGGGCACAGGUCUACUGUACCGAAGUGGGAUAUGAUCUUCUUGUGCCUUACGCGACAAUUCUACCCAAUCUUACUGAUGAUGCUAUUGCUGCUCUUCCGGUGGUCGACUUUGUUGAUAGGCUUGAUACCACGCACGUGUGGAAUACUUCUGUCCUCAUCUCGGAGGCGCUGUAUGAUACCGGGAAAAGAACAAUUGUCGUGUUUAAUGAUUCUGUGAAGAUUCACAAGAAAUAUGGAUGGGGUGUAUAUGGCUUCUGGGGCUGCAUCCUAUUCAUCGGUAUCAUCAACCGUCUCGUCAACGUCCUCCUUUCCAUGCGCAGUAGCAAAGCUUUCGACCACCAACGCACCAUCGAAGAACAGUCUGCUCCACGCAGUCACUCCAUCGUAUUUUCAAAGACCUAUCGCUGGUUCCAAGCCAACCUGAUUCUCCCACCUGCCAUUGGAACACGCCACCAGCGCCAUGUCUUCGGCUUCACAAUGCCCACUCGUAUUGUGACGCUGAUAGUCAUAGCCUACUAUAUCUGGUCCAUCGUCAUCUGUGCCGUCUCAUAUGAUGUCUUCUUUCCCAACUUCUACUACAACGACUACAGCCAAGGCUGGCGCUACGUCGCAGACCGAACUGGCAUACUCUCCUAUGCGAAUUUACCUGUAAUGUGGAUAUUUGCCGGACGAAACAAUAUCUUCCUCUGGGCUACAGGCUGGGACUUCCCUACAUUCAACAUCUUCCAUCGGCAUAUUGGGAUCGUGGCUACUGUGCAGGCGAUUGUUCAUGCUGUUGCUUAUACUGUUGAAGAACUCGCAGGUUAA